AUGUUAUCCACUGCCCAUUACCGUCAAAGCACCGAUCCAUUGAAAGGAUUCAAGCCAGAUCAAAUUUUGGACUACAAUAAAUUUAAAGCGGGGGUAGAUACAAUGGAUCAAAUGUUGACUGGCUAUUCGUGCAAACGCUCGACAAACCGUUGGCCACUGGCAAUGUUUUAUAAUAUGCUGGAUAUUGCCGAUUUGGCCUCAUUCAUCAUCUAUGACGAGCUGAAUCCGGCAGAGCAGAGUGAUAAGAGGCGCUCAUUUAUCAUUGAAUUGGCACGGCAGCUAGUUAUUCCACAUAUGACGAAACGGGCGACUAACCCAUUAGUAUAG